AUGAUGACCGGAAACAGGGCCGCCGCAGCAAGAAGCGCCCAGACACUCUCUUUGGGGAGCACAAGAGGGCCUAGACACACCGCGAACACGACGGGCACAACCGCGGCUAGAAAUGCAUCCCCAUUGCAGGUACACACCCUCGAGAAACAGAACCUCCAGGAAGACGAGCAGCGGGACUGGACUGUCGGCAAGGGUCGCGGAAACCGUCGCUUGGGUGCAGUCGACGACGCCAAUCAGGCGGCGCAGGUCACUCGGAGUCGUGACGGGAGCAAGGGAACCGCCGCACGCCCGGAAAAGGAGCAGAGAGACGGCUGCGCGAAACAAGAUGAGGGCGGCACCAAGAAAGACUGGCGGCGCGCAAGCCGGCAGCUGGCGGCGGGUCGGGGGCGCCAUGGCGAACGGAGAGUCGCAAUGCUCGCGUGUACGCCCCCUGCGAUUUUGGGCGCGUCGCUCUUCCUUCAUCUUCUCAUCACCUUCUCGCGCGUCCUGCUCGAGAGCUGUGGCGCCUCUGAGUGGAAACUUACUAGUCUUCCCAGGCUGGAGACACUUCUGCGCGCGGGCUUCUGCGCACAAAAUGCAAUUUUCAGCGCCCUGUUCAACGGCUCAGUUGGGUUGCUCGUCUUAGGGGACUUUCUCUGCCUGGUCAGCAUCUACCUCCUGUCAACUGUCAGAGAAUCAAUGCGCGCGCACGCAACGGGCCAGAUUGUGGCACUCGGCCUGACGCCCUUUCUGGGCGCCUCCGGUUCGUUCUCGCUGCUCUGGCUGCCGGCCCACUUCCCAGAUGGCGCGCGCGGCCGCUUCAGCGCGGCCGCGAGGGCGCCGGCGCGGCUAACGCGCGACGACGCGGCGACCGUCACGGCCGUGCUCUCCGCUCUCGUCGGCUUGCUGGGCCCGUUUCUGGUCGCCGAAGACAGUCAUUGGGCGCUUUUCCUAGCCGGGACGCUCUUCCCGCUUAUGGUUCCCAUUCUCGCGCAAGCCCUCUGCUGUUCCCACGAUCCGGAAGCGGCUUCGAAAGAAGGACAAGGGAACGAAGCUCGCCAUCUCAACUACGUCGUCCUCUUAUGCUUCUUGGUCGCUGCCACGUUGGGCGUGUUCUGGCGCAUCUUCAGCUGCCUCGUUCUCGUCAGCAAUCCUUCGGCCCGCGCUCAGUUCGUUGCCGUGGUGACGGCAGAAAGCGCCUCGGAUGCGGUGGUGCUGUACGUACUCUUGGAUACCAUGGGGCUGUUCCUGUGCUUCGCAUACUUGGCUUUGCUUGAGGACGGGCCGCUGGCGGCCCUUUGCACGCUGGCUGGCGCCGCCGCGUUGGGACCUGCGGCCGCGACCGCGCUGUACCUUGCUUACAGGGAGCGGAAGACAGAAUCGGAGAGUCGGCCGGAACUGAAGGACGUGAACGGUGAAGCCAUCACCUAG